UAGGAAAAUUGUUACUUUUUUGCAUCUGUAGUCGCCGAGCACCUGUACGGUCUCGAUGAAAGUGCCGAACUUGUCGGGGCUUUGAGAUGGCUUGAUCUUGGAGCUGAGGCCCGUCGGAGAAUUCACCAAAUAAUUGCUUCAUAUGACCAUCAUCCUGCCCAGGCCCACGGUGAUGAGUCAGGAAGCGUAUCACGGCCUGGGUCCCCGGCAUUCCAAUCCCUCAUCGAUGCGUUUGAAGCUGAGGUAAGACAGGAUUUCGACGUCCACCGCGAGACUGUUUCCUAAUCAACCUCAGAAUAUGAGCGUCUCGAUUCUCGCUAAACUCCCUUAUCCCGUUGCCACCCACCGCGAUUCAACGGAGUCAUGCCUUCCCGGCACCAGAACAGGCCUCAUCAAGCACAUCAUGGCCUGGUGUCGAAACAUUCAGGUUAGUGAGAAACGUGUCAUGCUGCUGACUGCUGUUGCUGGUGCCGGGAAGACAUCUAUAGCAAGCUCAAUUGCAGAGGAGUGUACAAAAGAAGGGAUAUUAUUGUUGAGCUUUUUCUUCAGGGCAGGCGAGCAGUCACGGCCAGAUCAUCUGUUCAGUGGCAUGGCUCGUUCUCUAGCAGCAUGCGACCCCGUGUAUCAUAACUUCAUCACAUCCACUCUUCAGAUCGAUCCAACUCUCAUAAAUGCCCCAUUCAUGAGGCAAUUCGAGAAACUGGUGGCUGAACCUCUGCGAAUGAAAGUACCGUCUUCCGAUCGCCCCAUGGUAAUUAUCAUUGAUGCGUUGGACGAAUGCGACAAACAUGUGUCCCCACGUCUUGUCGACGUACUUUCGAAAGAAGUGCCGAAAUUGCCUUCCAACAUCAAAUUUUUUGUCACCUCUAGGCCGUUCGACCUUGUCGAUCGUCUUCUCUUCCCUGAAUUCCCUAUCGACCGCCUCGGCAUUAGUCUUUCAGACGAUGCUAACGUGCAUGAUUGUGCUAUUUACAUCCGUACGCAACUUCACGAACUGAAAAAUGCACAUCCUGGUUUGAAACACAAUCUCAAAGAGGACGAUGAAUUGGUCCAAGCCAUAUUGGAACGAGCAGGUGGCUUGUUCAUUUGGAUCAGUACCGUGUUCCGCUACGUGAAGACCACUGGUACCUCUCCUCUGGAGAUUCUGGGGGAACUGCUCAAUGCUAGCUCGAACCGGCCGACGGCCUACGCCGAAGAAAUUAUGGACAACCUGUAUUCGAACAUUUUGGAGAAAUGUCAUUGGAAGGACGAGGACUUUGUGCAUGACUAUCAGAUCACCAUGGGGGCAAUCCUAAUCGCGCAACGGCCACUGUCUGUUGAGGCCUGGGAUGCUAUUCUGUCGCCCCUCCUGAAGUCAUCCGUCAGAGAUACAUUAGCUGAACUCGCUCCCUUCGUCUCAGGAGUUGGGGAUCUUCGAAUGCCUGUUCACAUCCUGCACCAGUCUUUCCCUGACUUCCUCAUGUACCGAUCGAGUUCACAAUCGCCCGGACUUCCCCGGUUUACAGUGGAUGCCAUGAGGGAGAAUGAGAGGGUAGCCCUGCGCCUCAUGGAAAUCCUGAACAAUGAUCUUUCCUUCAUGAAAGGUUUAGGGCUGGCUAAUAUUUUCUCCAAACGGGCUCGCCUGCCAAUCAUUCCUCAAGAAACGUUGCCUGAACAAUUCCGAUAUGCAUGUAGGCAUAUUGCGUAUCACCUCAAUCAAAUCCAGGAGCCGCCGGAGGGACUCAGGAAGUCCGUUCGCACAUUCCUCAAUCAGCGAGUAGUGCAAUGGGUAGAAGUGUGUGUGAGAACGGAAGAGUACAUCAGUAUAUCAUCAUUCCCUGAGUGGGCUAGGUUGAGGGCUGAUCGGAGUUCAAGAAAAGCCAUUCGCAUCUUGGCUGGAGCGCUCGACAAGGUGUGGAACAAUCUCCGGCUUCUUUUGAGAUUCCAUGAGGCAUAUGAGCUGGCAAAUGAUACCGUUGCACUCUGUCGUUGCCUUACAUCUUUGGACCUAAAAUCCUACGCCCCAAUUCUAGCUCAAUCGCUCUGGAGACUUUCUGUAUCACUUAAGAAUCUCGAAAUGCAUUCCGAGGCGCUCCCGGUGAUCAAAGAAAGUGUCGAACUCUGGCGCGGUCUAGUUGCCUUUCGUCCGACAUCAUACGCCCUACCUUUGGCUGGAUCACUCCAGACUCUAAACUCUUCACUUACGAACCUCGGACGGUAUUCCGACGCCCUCGCAGUGAUCGAGGAAAGUGUCAAACUCUGGCGUAAACUAGUUGCCGUUCGCCCGACAGCAUCGCCGUCGGGUUUGGCUCAAUCGCUCCACAAUCUUAACUGGUUACUCCAGAAACUUGGACGCCAUUCCGAGGCACUCCCAGCUAUAGAAGAAUGUGUCAAAAUCUGGCGCGAGCUAGUUGCAGUUCACCCGACAUCCUACACCCCAUACUUGGCCAGAUCGCUCCACAAUCUUAACGAGACACUCAACGGUCUCGGACGGCAUUCCGAGGCGCUCCCGGUGAUCGAAGAAGCUGUCAAACUGUGGCGCAAGCUAGUUGCCUUUCAUCGGACACCAUACACCAUUGGGGGUUUAGCUUCUUCGCUCCACAAUCUCGGCUGGUUAUUGGACAAGCUUGGUCAGCAAUCUGAGGCCAUGCCUUUCAUUGAAGAAUCCAUUUCUCUUUACCGUUCAAUUCCUGUUGUCUAUCCAGCGUUAUAUGCCACAGCGUUAUAUGCCACAGCUUUGCACACUCUAUCAUACGUGUUGUUAUCCGUCGGGCGUUACUCAGAUGCACUUGCCGCUGGUGAAGAGUCAUUAUCCUACUAUCGCCGGCUUCAUUCUAAGUACCCGAGCGUCACCAAUGAACAUAAUCUCCAAAAGUUAUGUUCUUGUAUUGCUGUUGCAUUGGAGCGCCUUGGAAGACAUGACGAUGCAAUGGCUGCACGGACUCUCAUGGGGAAUCUAUGACGACGGGGCGACAACACCACACACAACUUUCCGAAUAUCGUACACAUCAUGAAUGACGAUGCAUGUUUGCAUUAACCUCACAAACACGAACACGAAGCCGUAGUACUAAGAAAACCAACAUUCGCUUUUUGUUGACAUGGCCUUAUCUCCAUUGGCACCCCAACUGCCCACGCUGUUCCCUAGUGCCAAAACAUGAGGGCCAAUCACCGCCGUGGGCCCAUUAUGCUGAUUUACCUUACAGUUCCGCAGACCGAGAGGACGCCAAUUAACCAUUGCGUAAAUUACGAGUAAACAUAUGCGGUUGGCUUUCAUUCAUAGUUGCCCUUUUUCCUAUUCAGCAGAUUGCUCGCUGCACAUAAUCCUAACUGGUGUCUUUAAUGUGUCGACCCACUAAACAUGCAAUUUAAAGUAUGCAAUGCCCAUCUUACUCAACGUGUGGCU